AUGGCCUCCGCACCUUUGCUAUUGCUUUUAUGUCUUCUGUCCUUCUCCACUUUUCCAUACUCCAUUUAUGCCAUCAACCCCAUUGACUCCUGCUGGCGCAAGGACCCCAACUGGGCUUCCAACCGCCACGCCUUUGCUGACUGCUCCGUGGGUUUCGGCAAGAAUGCAACCGGAGGAAAGGCUGGCAAAACAUAUGAAGUCACCGAUCCUUCCGACGAUCCCAUGAGCCCCAAGCCGGGCACCCUUCGACAUGGCGCCACCCAAGUUGAGGCUCUUUGGAUAAGCUUUACUAAGGACAUGGUCAUCACUCUCAAAAGCGAGCUCAAGGUCAACAGUUUUAAGACCAUAGAUGGGAGAGGAGCAAAGGUGGAGAUUGCGAACGGUCCCUGCAUCGUAGUGGAUAGUGCGACAAAUGUUAUUAUCCACGGAAUUAGCAUCAAUAAUUGUGUUGGAGGUGGCGGGGAUGCCAUUAGCGUAAUUUCUUCUUCACACGUAUGGAUCGAUCACUGUUCUCUUUCUCGUGCCGCCGACGGCCUCCUCGAUGUGACCCGUGGUUCCACCGCAGUCACCAUCUCAAAUAACCUUUUCACAAACCAUGACAAGGUGAUGUUGUUGGGACACGUUGAUAACUUCGACGCGGAUAAAAAUAUGAAGGUUACAGUAGCCUUCAACCAUUUUGGUUCUGGCCUAGUUCAAAGGAUGCCAAGGGUAAGGAUGGGGUAUGCCCAUGUUGCCAACAAUCGACAUGAUGGAUGGGGGCUAUAUGCCAUUGGUGGUAGUUCUAAUCCAACAAUUCUGAGUGAAGGCAACAACUUCUCUGCUCCUAACGAAACUGAUCACAAAGAGGUUACCAAAAGGCAGACAGAAGAAGACUGGAAAAAUUGGCUGUGGGUAUCUUCGAAGGAUGUGUUUGUGAACGGAGCAUUCUUUGUUGCCUCUGGAUCAGGAACUGCUGCUCCAAAUUACACACAGUCCCAAUCAUUUACUGUUGCAGAUGGGUCUGAGGCUCUUGCUUUGACAGCUGAUGCAGGUCCCCUCAGCUGUGCUAUUGGCCAAGCAUGUUGA